GAGCAAGGCCAACCUCCAGAACUCGAUGAAAGGAAGGGUGAAGGAUAGCGCCGCCUCUCGUGUAGCGGCUUGGCCCCGUGCAAUUGGCUGCUGCGCGCAGCGCCCAGCUCCAGAGAUCGGGUGAGCGAGGGUCUCCCGGAAGUCCUCGCGCUGAAGGGGUCCUGGCCGGGCUGUUUUCCUACCAGGGAAAAAGAAAUGGAAACCUUGACUGAUGCUACUUUCCUUGCAACUAAAAUUAAAAACACACUGUGCCAGUACCACAGUAUUGAAGAUGAUAAGUGGAGAAUUGCUAAGAAAACGAAAGAUGUAACAGUUUGGCGGAAGCCAUCAGAUGAAUUCAGUGGAUAUCUCUACAAAGCUCAAGGUGUUAUGGAGGAUGUCACUAAUAACGUUAUAGAUUACAUACGUCCAGGGCCUCGUCGCCUAGAUUGGGACAGUUUAAUGACUUCCAUGGAUAUUGUUGAGCAGUUUGAAGAGAAUUGCUGUGUGAUGCGUUACACAACUGCUGGGCAGCUAUGGAACCUCAUUGCGCCAAGAGAGUUUAUUGAUUUCUCCUAUACAACACAGUAUGAAGAAGGGCUUUUGUCAUGCGGUAUAAGUGUCCACUAUGAAGAAAUGAGACCAGAUUUUGUCCGAGGAUAUAAUCAUCCUUGUGGUUGGUUUUGUGUCCCACUUAAAGAUAAUCUUGAUCAAAGUCUUUUGACAGGCUACAUUCAGACAGAUCUUCGAGGGAUGCUUCCUCAGUCUGCAGUAGAUACAGCCAUGGCUAGCACCCUGGUAAACUUUUUUGGUGACCUCAGAAAAGCCCUGAAGACCUAAUUGGAUGUAGACUGAAAUACCAUGAACUCACCAUCAUCCAUUUAUCUUUCCUAUAUUAUGUUGUAAAAAUCUCAGGCUAGGUUAGAACAUUUUUCUUCCGGAGUGUGAUGCUUUCUUUUAUUCCUAAUGCCUAUAGAAGGCAUUUCAAUAUGGUUGUAGUAGAGUUGGAGCUACUAUACUGCUUAGAUACACAAAAACUGAAUUUCAUCUUCUUAAGAGCUGACUAGUAUCUUAAUGUGAAUAUAUGCUAGUUGGCUUCUUAGGAAUUAUCAGAAGCACAAACUUCAUGUUAGGAUCUUUCAAAAAACUAAAGUUUUUUUUAAUAUAUAUACUGCUUGUAUACAAAAUAAUUUGUUGUAGAGUCCUAUGUUUAUUCAAGAUAAUUUUCUGAUCUUAUUGUUAAAUUCAUGUUGUCAAAGUUCUUCCUAUAAUCUGUUGUUUUGAGAUUGAUUUAGAUUUAGUUGAAUGAGAAGAAACAAUGUUUAUCUUUAUAUUUCUUUAAUUUAAAAAAUGUUCUUUCAGAAGAAUUCUGAAAAAAUAAUUAAUGUUAACUAAUGUGGUAGUUAAAUAUUGAAAUGAAGAAAUGUAAGGGUUUCCCACAACCCACAGUUGAUUCAAUUUCACUUAUUAGAAUUCAAUAGUAUUUCUAUGUCAUAGCCAGCCAUCAUUCUUUUUAAGUACCUAAGGUACACUGACUUGAAACCUCUUCAAAAAUACUUAAGGGUGUUUGUAGGUGGAAUUGGGCUCUGGCAAAAACUGUAACAAAAUAUCUGCUUCAGAUGUUUGUGUAGCAGUAGCUUUUACAGCAAUAGUCCAUGCCAGUGUAGAACAUUGGUAAUGUGGGACAAAGUUGUUACUUGAGAAUUGCCUAUGAAGAAAGGCAAAUCAGAGACAUGCACUCUGUUUUAUUUUUGGAAAUAAAACACACAGCUUCUUAUGGAGCAUUAUAAUUGAAUAGGAACAAUGCAAUUAUAGCAUAACUUAAGCCAUAGCAAGAACAAAUUCAUGCCUGGUGGUUAUCUGCACAGCUGUGGAAACUCAUGACUUGAAUGACCCAAGUAGGGAAAUGUUCCAAUUCUACAGAUGUGGUCAAUUAAGGGCUCAUUCUAGGUGAUUUACUAUUGCACUUAUGUCUUGACUUAGAAACUAUGAGAAGGGGGUGAUAUAUAUGUAUGUAUGUAUGUAUGUAUAAAAUAUAACACAUUUAAAAAUGUAGCCUAGCUCUUCCUGCUUAUGAUGGUGGAUUGAAAGGAUGUUUAAUUCUUGAAAACAUUUUGGUUCAUACACAACCCAGUGAUUCGAGCCAUGAAAGUAUCAAGUAAUUAAUGCACUAGACUCCUUUUGUGCAUUUUUCCCCUGCUUAUAAGAAAAGAACAAGCUAUAGCUGCUAUUAAGUGCAUCUGCAAAAUAGCUGUUAGUAGUUAAUUGCAAGUCUAAAAGCAAAGGAAAAAUGUAUUAGCAUUGUAUUGUCAGAUUCUUCUGUUCUCUUCCUUGCUUCUCCUCCCUUCACACUAUGAUUCAAGAAUUGAUGACUUCUAGCCUUUCAAGGAAAAAUAAUUUUCAAUGAUUUUCAUUGAUUAGCAUAACAUAAAAGUCUACUAUUGCCUGAAUAGAUUGAUCUACUAAUUUCUAAAUGCCAAUAUCUGUUCUGCUCUCAUUAAUUCAUAUUUCUGGGAUCCAGAGUGAUGAAUUAUUAUCUCUCCAGCUAUUUAAUUACUGCUUCAUCCUAGGCUAAUGCUGUUGCCCCCGUGUAAAAAUCAUCAUAGAAAUACUGAAUCGUUGGUAGGUUGAAAAAGAGUGUUUGCAUUCCUUAAAAGUUCAAUUUGGCUUUAGGAUUGCAUGUUAGUUCAUCUGGGAAGUCUGCUUAAAUUUGACUGUCAAGAUAAACCAAAGAUGGCAUAAAUAACUAUCAUUGGACCAUGGAUUGUAAUACUGAAGAAAACAAGCCAAAGAUAUGUUGCUUAGAGAAAAUGAAUACUUUAUUUAAAGUCAGCAAUUUUAUGGUGAUAAUGUAUUGAACUGUCAGACUUUGGUGACAUAGUUGCUAUUUCAAAAAUUUAUUUAAAAUAUUUAAAAUUGUGACUGAUUUAGAUGUAAGAUUGUGACUAAUUUGGUAUAAUAUUGGAAAUGAAGAAGCAAAUAUUUUGAAAUUCGUUUUUUUCUAUAGAACUAUUCCAAUCUUAGGCCUUGUUAAUGUUAGUUAAAUGGGACUUUGGAAUUCUAGGAAGUGGGUUAUUAAACUGUUAUCAAUAAAAAGGAAAAUAUUUUUUAUGAGAAAAUGUCUUCCCUUGGGGAAUGAUUAGAUUUUGAUACUGAUAAUUAAAUAAAAUAUAAUAUACAUAUAAGCUAUUUUUAAUAUAUGUAUGUAAACAUAUGCAUAUAUUAUACACAUAUGUGCGUAUAUUAUUCAUACCUAUAUGUACACAC